AUGUCUGCCAACCUUGACAAGUCUCUUGAUGACCUAGUCGGCAACCGCCAGAAGAAUGCCCGUCGCCGUAACAACCGUCGCGGUGCUGCCACCAAGCCCUCUGUUGGAGGUGUGAAGAAGUCGGUCACCCCUAAGGGUGGUGCCAAGGCCAACGCGAAGGUGAUUCAUCACGCUACUCCUGCUGCGACAUCCAGCAAGAUCAUCGUGAGCGGACUGCCUUCCGACGUCACCGAGGCCAAUAUCAAGGAAUACUUCUCGAAGUCUGCAGGUCCCGUCAAGAAAGUGAUGCUCACCUACAAUCAGAACGGCACCAGCCGUGGAAAUGCUCAGAUCAUUUUCGGCAAGCCUGACAUCGCAUCUAAGGCCGUUAAGGAACUCAAUGGCAUCCUGGUCGAUGGUCGCCCCAUCAAGAUCGAGGUCGUCUACGAUGCCUCCCACGCCCCCGCCGCUCCCGCUCCCCCUCCCCGUUCUCUCACCGAGCGCGUUGCUCAGAAGUCGAAGCCCAAGCCUGCGACUGCCGCGAAGUCCGCCACCAACACUCGUACUCGUGCCCCCCGAGCCGAGCGCGGAGGCCGUGACCGCCAAGCCAAGCCCGCUGGCCGCAACGCUGGCCGUGGCAAGCCCAAGACUAUUUCGGAGCUUGAUGCUGAGAUGGUUGACUACUUUGCCGGCGACAAUGGCACCCAGGGCAACGCUCCCACCAACGGUGCUAUCCCCCAGGCCACUGUUGACGAGGACCUUGGCAUGGGCGAGAUUUCUUAA